UGCCGAACUGCCGAACCACCACCCGCAUCAGUAACGAGUUACGACUGACGACUGACGAGUGACGACAGUCUAGAAUCUCUGGGCUCAGUCUACUCCUUAACUACCAGUUAGUAGUUACUACUGAGUACUGGUUAUUUCGCGCGACGACCACCAACACAGAAAUCCUCUACUGAACGACAAUCGGCGGAAAUAACAUAAUUUUUCAACGAUGAACUAUUUUCCUAUUACUUUCGUGCUGAUGGCGGCCACCGAGACGCUGCUAGCAGCUGUCAUGUCCGGUGUCAAUCACAUGACUGACGGUCAAGAAAUCGAAGAAAACCUAAUCAUUUCCAGACGCAGGGCGAUAUCUGAACAUGACCACCGGACUGACUCUGCUUACGCCGGCAUCUUGAGUGACGAGCAAGAAUUGGAUGAAAUAAAACAUUUAGAACCAUCUGAAAUAAAACCACGUAUGACCGCUAUACUCAAAACUAUGGAUAUAAAUGAGAAUGGCUUAAUUGAAAAAAAUGAACUGCUAGAAAAAUUAUUGGAUUCUUAUCGGAAAUUGUCAGCUGAAGAAUCUGAUGCAGAAUUUCUAACUAGUGAUCUUGAUGAAAACGGCUAUAUUACAUGGAAGGAGUAUGUUGGUGAUACUUAUGGUUCAAGUGAACAUUUUGAUGAUGAAAUGACAGAAGAUGAAAAACAAUUAUUUUUGGCCGCUGAUGUUGAUAAGGAUGGUCAUUUAAAUAAAGAAGAAUUUCGUUAUUUUUAUACUCCUGAAGAUUACUCACACAUGCAACCAGUAGUAUUGCUUGGUGUAAUGAAUCGAUUUGACACUGAUAAAGACGGAAAAAUUACAUUUGAUGAGUUCAUAGGAGAUAGAAGAACAGAACACACUGAAGAAUGGCUUCAGGAAGAAAAAAAUAAGUUUAUUGAAGAACUCGAUGUUAAUAAAGAUGGAGUAUUAGAUGAAGAGGAAGUGCAUGAUUGGGCAUCACCAAACAAUAACAUGAUUGCAGAAAGUGAAGCAGAAAAUUUAAUUUUGAAAGCAGACAAGAACCAAGAUGGUGUACUAAGCUUUGAUGAAGUAUUGGACAAUUAUUAUACAUUUAUUUCGCCAGAUAGUGAGGGGUAUUACAUAUUUAGAGAUGAAUUAUAAAAAAUUACUAUCCCUAAUGAUCUUAGAUAUUUAUUUUAUGAAAUUGAUAUGAGUAUUAUUUAAAUUUGUGAAAGUGUGUUUUUAACCAAUUUUUUUGUAUAACUUAUCUGUAAGUUGCUUACUUUAUAACAGUUAUUCAAUA